AUGGUUUCAAUUUCACUCUUCAUCUUGGGGGCCUUAAUCUCUACUGUUAUUUCUCAAGAAUGUGUACCGUACACAUCUUCAUAUGAUUUUACUGGAUAUCCAGAAAUUUGGGAAAAACCUAAUAGUACCCUUUUUAAUUCAGCUGAGUUUAAGCAGAUUAAUAGCACAAUUGAUUGGUCAAAAGUACCUAAAGUUACACCUCACACGCUGUCAAGUAGCGGGGAUAUAGAUCAGACUGGUUAUAGUUCUAGUGACCCGGAUUGUUGGUGGUCAUAUAAUUUGUGCACAACACCCAAAGCACAUGGACUUCAACCUGAUGCUACCAUAUGUCCUGAACCUGGUGCCUGGGGCUUGACAUACGAUGAUGGUCCAAACUGCUCUCAUACUGUGUUUUAUGACUUCCUUAAGGAAAAUAAUCAAAAAGCGACUUUGUUUUAUAUUGGAUCUAAUGUUGCUCAAUUGCCCAAUGAAGCUCAGCGUGGUCUUGCGGAUGGUCAUCAUAUUUGCGUUCAUACGUGGUCUCAUCAAUAUAUGACUACACUUACCAACGAUGAGGCGCUCGCGGAAUUGUACUAUGCUAGGAAGGCUAUUAAAUAUGUUAUGGGCAUAACGCCUCUUUGUUGGCGUCCUCCUUUUGGUGACGUUGAUGAUCGAAUUCGUGCGAUUGCUACACAACUCAACAUGUCAACUAUUAUCUGGGAUCUUGAUACCAAUGAUUGGAAUGAGGCACCUGACGGCACUGAAACGUCAGCUCAAGUUGAUACUACUUUCCAAGGCUUUGUUAAUAUGGGUCUAAAUGGUACCUACAAUAAUUCUGGCACCAUCGUUUUGGAGCAUGAGUUAGACAAUAACACUAUGUCCAAAGCUAUUGAAUGGUACCCAAAGAUCAAGGCCGCAUAUAAAUAUCUUGUUCCUAUCGCUUCAUGCUUAAAUAUCACUCAGCCAUAUGCUGAAGCAAACUUCACCUAUCCAUCAUUUGCAGAAUACAUUAGCAAUGGUA